UCUUGGUCCUAAGGAUGUAACACCUAUAGCACGUGAUAUGAAAAUUAUAUCCUCCUCUGCGCAUAAAUCUAUUGUUCGACAGAGCAACCAGCUAAGACCAAUGGCACAUUUAUUCCUCCUCCUACUACUGUUGCAACUUCCCCACUCAUGUACUAGAGCUCAAGAGAUUAUCAGCACAGGAUCCGCUCUGAAACCUGAAGGCCCAAACAGAUCAUGGCUUUCACCCUCUGGCAAUUUUGCCUUUGGUUUCAGAUCCCUGGAGACUAACUCCUCACUCUAUCUACUUGCCAUCUGGUUUGAACAGAUAGAAGAGAAGACUAUUGUUUGGUACACCAAUGGUAGCACACCAAUGUCAUCUGGUUCAAGCCUGCAAUUCACCCAUAACGAUGGCUCCCCCAUGUGGCAAAGUUUUACUACACCAGCAGACACCAUCCUACCAUCCCAAGAGUUGUCUAGCGGGACUCUCCUCCAAGCUAAGCUCAUGGACACCGAUUACUCAAAUGGUCGGUUCAUCCUCAGUCUUGAAACAGAUGGCAACCUGACUUUCUACACAGUUGCUGUUCCAACUGGAUUCAACUAUGAUGGUUAUUGGUCCACUAACACGAGCGGAAAUGGUGGGAAGCUGGUCUAUGAUGUGAAUGGCACAAUCUACUAUGCCUUGGAGAACAGCAUGCAACACCCUAUCAUUGUCAUCAUGCCAGCAGAGAUGGAUUCAAUGGAUCAGUUCUAUCACUGGGCAAAACUUGACCCAGAUGGUGUUCUUCGACAGUACAAGUAUCCAAAAAAAGUAGUAGUAAGCAGUGGGUUGCCUUCAGCGCAGACAGUAGUGCAAGCAGUGCCAGCAAAUAUCUGCUCCAUUAUGUAUUCAAAUUUUGGCAGUGGAGUGUGUGGAUACAACAGCUAUUGCACGUUCAACUGGAACCAGACAGAAACAGAAUGUGCUUGUGCACCAAACUAUUCCUUCUUUGAUCCAGAAAGAAAGUACAAAGGGUGCAAACCAGACUUUGCGUUGCAAAGCUGUGACUUGAGGGAGGCACAAGUACUAGAGCAGUUUCAAAUGAUUCCAAUGAAUAACAUUGAUUGGCCUCUUCGUGCCUACGAGCAGUACUUCCCCAUGAACAAGACUACUUGCCAAAACUUAUGCCUGACCGAUUGCUUCUGUGCUGCUGCGGUGUUUGAUCAGGAUGGACAUUGCUGGAAGAAGAAACUACCUCUGUCUAAUGGAAACCAAGGAAGUCAAGUUCAAAGGACAGUUUUCCUCAAGGUACCGAAGAAUAAUUAUCCACACCCUCUAGUUAAUAUUGAGGCUACAAGUAAAUGGAAAGCCAAUAGGAAGGACUGGAUACUUGGAGGGUCCAUCGCUAUAGGUAUCUCUGUCUUUUUGAACUUUCUCUUCAUUUCAGCACAUAUUCUCAGAUCAAGCUUUAAGAACCCCACGAAAAAGAACCAAAUACAAUCAUGGACCAGGGCAAUGACAAGAGAUUUUACUUAUAGAGAGCUUGAGGAGGCAACCAAUGGUUUCAAUGAGGAGGUGGGCAGGGGGGCUUCUGGUAUAGUCUAUAAGGGACACCUGCAUGACGAGUUUCGCACUGGCAUCGCAGUUAAGAAGAUUGAUAGGAUCCCCAGAGAGACGGAAAAGGAGUUCACAAUGGAAGUUGAAACAAUUGGGCAUACACUUCACAAGAAUUUAGUCCAGCUGCUGGGAUUUUGCUAUGAAAGAAAUGAAAGGCUACUGGUGUAUCCAUUCAUGCCCAAUGGCUCUCUUACUAAGUUCCUUUUCAGUGGCAUGAGGCCAUCAUGGGACCUCCGAGUUGAUAUUGCCCAUGGGAUUGCAAGAGGCCUGCUCUACUUGCAUGAGGAGUGUGGCAAGCAGAUCAUACACUGUGAUAUAAAGCCUGAGAACAUCCUUCUUGAUGACAACUUUAUAGCCAAGAUAUCAGACUUUGGCCUUGCGAAGCUCCUGAAAGCUGAGCAGACACAAACAAGCACUGGAAUCCGAGGUACCCGAGGAUACUUUGCUCCAGAGUGGUUCAAGAAUGUGGGUAUCUCUAGUAAAGUAGAUGUAUAUAGCUUUGGGAUAGUCCUUCUAGAGAUUGUAUGCUGCAGGCGGAACAUAGACCUGAAGGUUGCAGAUGAGGAGCAAGUUAUAUUGGCAUUCUGGGCAUAUGAUUGCUAUCGCUGUGCCCGCAUUGACUUGUUAGUUGAAGGUGAUGAGGAAGCAAUUAUUAAUAUGAAAAUGGUGGAAAGACUCACAAGAGUCGCUCUUUGGUGCAUACAGGAUGAACCAACGAUGCGCCCAACUAUGCUUAAGGUGACCAAGAUGCUUGAUGGGUCAACAGAGGCUCCCCAGCCUCCUAUUGGCAUUCCAGCCUUCAUAAGUUCACUUCUGUAAAAUGGCAUUUGUAAGAGCAAGCCAUACAUGUUUUAUUUUCUGUUUUGGAGUCAUCUUUAUUUUUUUGUGCUAUAGAAGGCUGAUGAUAUUGACUGCAUUACAUAGUAAUUGUACUGUUGUUCCGACUGACAAUAGGAAAGGGAGCUUUCCCUUCUGUUGGUCAUGAAAUAUGUACUGUUUCCUCCUUUCUACAAAGUGAAGGUCAUUGGGAAAUAAUGGUAGCUGCUACCCAAGAUAAUCAUAUAGUGCACUUAAUAGCUAGCUAUCCCAUGCUCCAUGAAUUCGUCUUACACUAUUUGUAAAAUAAAAGUAGACUAGCAGUGCGUUACAAGACAGUUGUAUUUCAAUGAAUUGUGUUGCAGUUGUAUUUCAAUGAAUUGUGUUGCAAAGUGGAUAAUA